AUGAGCGUUAGACUUCCUGAGAAAAAUAGAGACAGAAAGAAGGUUUCUAGAGGAGGAACAGUACUAAGUGGAAGCAAGGAUAGUAAUAAAAUACUGACAAGGGAUAUUCUAAAGUCGUUUGAAAAAUCUACAUCUAGCUCCGCACAAUAAAAGACCUAUGACUUUUUAAAACGAAAUGAGGCUGAUAGACCCGAUCACUCCGAGCUUAUUUCUGCGAUUGACGAGUCCUUCGAAUUCGAUAAUAAAUAUGCCUCACUCUCCAAAGAUGAGAAAGUUCUAAGAAGUCGAAGCUAAGAUUUAGUUGCAUUUUCAAAGAAGUCAUAAGAAUAUUAUCAAUCUAGAACGAAGACUCCGAAACUUGAAAUUUAAGAUGGAGUUAAUUAGCAGAAUUCAGAUGAAAUAACUAAGUUCAUUUUCCAAUGA